CUUUCCAAGAAUAAGAGGAGCAGAGAAGUCACUUUCCUUGCUGUCACAUUCCAACAGAUUGAGCAAGAAUAUUUUGAACACUACAGAAAAGACAGUUCAUCCAACUCUUGAUGAUGAUCAGCCGUGUGAUUUUCUCAAGAAAAGGAGUAGGGUGAAUGAAUCACAUCAGAAAGGCAGUAGUAAGAACUGCAGCUGUGUUUGUUUACAGCAGUGUGCUUGCUGUCCCAUCUUGCAAUAAAGUGGAACACUUAAAAGAUUCUUCAGGAAAAAGGCACAGUAAGUCCCAGGUACCUCACCUGGCUCCCCAGCUGAGAAGUGGCCUGGUCGGAGUCUCUCGGCCAGCUGGGGAUAACGUCAAAGAAGGCAGACCAGAAGCGGCUGCACCCAGCUCCUGGUGCCAGGGGGCGUCCAGCAACAAAAUGUUUCUUGACUUUCAGUCAAUGAAAAUUAUCAGGGAAGAUGUAGAAGAGGACACUGCAAGCGACCUGUCAGAUUCUGAAAGGGUCCCCGUGCCUCCUUCUCCCCUCACACCUCCAGAUCUGAAUCUCCGGGCAGAGGAAAUCGAUCCAGUCUACUUCGAUCUCGCCCCAAAUCGGGGUCAAGCAGCACUUGAAUACUGCUAUGCCGAUUUCCUGCCACCCCCCUUCAGCUCCUGGAACCUCCGAGAGAUGGCUGUGCUUCUGCACACAGAGUGCAGGACGGAGGCCAUGCCCCGGGCUGGGGGGCUGCUUGGAAAGUACGUGGACAGGCUCAUCCAGCUCGAGUGGCUGCAGGUCCAGACAGUGCAGUGGGAGAAGGCAAAGGGGGCCAAGGCGAGGCCUCCAUCUAUCCAGGGUGCUGCCGGGGCUCUCAAAAGUCCUGGGAGAAGUAGACUAAUUGCUAGUGCACUGUGCAAGCCACCACCUCUCCUAGAGGGGGCUUCAAAGUCAGGCCCUGCACGAAAGAAAGAUCCGCACACUGAAGACGUGCAUCCGACCUAUUACACCUUUGAGACAACGCCACGCCCCAUGGAUGUGCCAUGCAGCACCAGGCUGCGUUGCCUCGAACAAACUGAAAUGAGGACCCAGGAGAAGAAAAAGAAAUCCAAUAAGAGCGCCAAGCCGCAGCACAGAGAUCUGGCCUGCAGCGACAGCAGCUCCAAGCUGGAAGCCGGUGGGAACCUCUGGGUCCCCAAACAGCCGGCAGCACUUCUGGGUUCAGUGGACUCCUAUAAGGCUUCUAGAACACAAGCACAUGUGAGUCUUAAGAAAAAGGGAACUGCAAGCAGCUGUCCUUAUACGACCAUAUCCAGUGAGAAGAAACUCAAGACGAAUGGAGCAAAGCAAAACACUUACAAAUUAAAAUAAUAUCUGAUGAUGAAUUGCAAAGACCAGCAGAUACUUGUACACUGGGGCUCUUGCAGAGGUUACAAUACUGUGACGUUUAGGACAUUUUGUAAUGAGUGGCACUGGAGCAGCUUGGUUCCUUAGUCCGUCCCCACCCUCACCCCCAGUGCAGGUAUCUUUCGGGUCCAGAGUUCUCACCAUCAGGCAGUAUCUCUGUUCAAGGUUUGUCUUUCACUGGGCUGCCUUUGACAGUCUUAAGCAUUUGAGAGCCUGUUGGGUAAAAAUUAGCCAAAGUUACAUGCCAGGUAAAGAACUAAAGCACUCCCGGGGAUGAACUAAAGCAAUUUCCGGAAAGGUAGCUGGUCUGUGUCGACGUGGUAGCUUAGUUCCCUAUUUUCACUCACAGAAGCAUGUAGAACAAUGCACGCGGUUUAAAUUAUCUAAAGUCAUAGCAUUUGAAAUAAGGCCCUUCUGGCCACUGCGUCUUCUGCCUUUGAAAGCAGAUUUCUGUUCAUUUUAGUCCCAAGAAGAAAUCGGUUCUUCUCAGAGUGAGGAAGGAUGUGAGUUUCUAUUUUGGACAGUCGUUUAUCACUGAGCUGCUUACUCAGUAGAAACAGUGACGUGGAGAAUUUUACUGUCUGUCUGUCUC